AUGCAGAAAAUGCAGAUGUCCCACAAGCCUGUGCAGUUGUUUGCUGUCAUGCUUCUUGUUGUCUUUUCGACUGGCCAGUGUCAACAGAACGAAAGCCGCCGAGCUGUGACUGAACAUCAGUUGAUGCACGACCGAGGCCGAAACAUCCAGAGCCUUAAGAGACUCAUCUGGCUGUCCAGCGCAAUCGAGGGUCUCCACACUGCGCAGGCCCGCUCAGCUGCUUUCAACCCCUCAAAGGUUCUAAAUUUUGCUCUGAAUCCAGCACUGAUCCCUCCUGCAGAGAGCCCAGAGCCUGCACAGGUUCAGAGCAUCCUGAGAGACUUCUUUUAUCCUCACUUGGCUCAUCUUUCGGAUGGAGAGCCCUAACACCACACUAAUGCACAAGCAUGAAGCUGCACAUACAUAGAAUUUUAAUUGUUACUUGUUUGUUUGAUAAAAUAUCAACACCACAAUAAAAAUGUGGAAAAAUCAUCUAUAGUUCCAAGGAAUACAAUCAGCAGAUGUAUAGAAACCUUUCAAGAACAGGUUUAGUUAUCAUCUAAAGCCUUACAAUUUAUCAAUUGAUAUUGUCAAAUUUUCCUUUAAGUGCUGUCAUGCAGUAGUUAGUAGCCAACAAUAGUAAGAAGGAUGGAGGUUUGGAAUAGUUAUAAAUACUUGUAUGGGGGUCGCAUACAGGCAUUAACAACUACUCCAAACCUUUUCAGAGAAAAGGUUGGAAGGACAUAUUUUAAGCUUAACCAUACCCUGCAUUCUAUAUAUUUUUUAGCCCAGUUUGUCGCCCUCCAUUGAUGUGGCACAUGGAUAUUAACUUGCAUUAUGAAAUUAUAUAAAAUUAGGGAUGUUACACAUUCCAAGUAAAACUGCCUUAGGGCUUUUUGUCACAACUUACAAAUACAUGGUUACUACUGUGAAAAAAAAAAUACAAUUUCUUCGUUGUCAGAAACAGUUGCAUUGAAUGUAAGCCUAAAAAUACUAAGUCAGCUUUGUUUUUGUUGUUUGUUUGUUUUUUAUUACCCAAGGCACAAAGCCUAGUCUGUCUUUGUAAUGCAGACUUUAGCCAAAACAUAACAUCCACAAAUGUAGAAAAAGUGUAUAUGCUCACUUAAGGGGUCUCUGCUUGUUUUGAAAACGUGAUGGACUUUAGCAACAACAGAUUUUUGAAGAUUGCAUCCAGUGUGGCAAAGAUUUAAAAUUUGAAAAUUUUAAAAA